CAGGAAGACUUUGGACUUUGUGGCCACUGCUCUGGUGAUUUUGAAUUGCAUCUUGCUGAUGGUGGAGUUGGAGCUAGAGGGUCGUGCUGUGGGAUCUAAGUUGGGGUUGAGUGAUGGAGUAGAUCUCACGGCGUUGAUGCCCUGGUUUCAGGGCAUUGACCAUACCUUCAUCUUGAUCUUCUUGUUGGAGCUGGUGUUGAGACUGGUCUUGGAUGGCCGCAACUUCUGCAAGGACAUUGCGAACCUUUUUGACACCAUCCUGGUGAUCACUGGCUGUGUGGAUAUUUUGGUGUUGGCGCCCAUCAUGGGUAACGAGAACGCGGCCAUGAUGCGGGUGGUUCGUACACUGAAGUCUCUGCGCGCUUUGAGGUUGCUUAGAACUUUCAGAUUUGUCCGUGGUUUGCGGCUCCUGGUGAAAGCUUGCCAAUGCUUCUUGCCUUCCUUGUGUUGGGCCAUGGUUUUACUGGCCGUCUUCAUGUCCAUCGGCGCCUUAGUGCUGGGCAAUCUCCUGCUGGAUUUCAGUGCCAGCGAGGUGGAAAACUAUGAGGACCGUCAGUGGGUCUGGUUGCAUUAUGGGACCUCGUACCGGGCCUUGUACACGCUCUAUGAGGUCACCUUCGCAGGCAAUUGGCCCACCAACGUUCGGCCGAUCCUGAACAAGGUG